AUGUCCAUGCUUUUCAUGACUUCUUCCUUUUUUCUUGUUGAAAUAAUAGUUGGUUAUGCAACAAACUCAAUGGCUCUUGUAGCUGAUUCGUUUCACAUGUUAUCCGACGUUAUUUCGCUGAUAAUCGGCUUUUUCGCUUUGAGAUACUCCAAACGCAGCCAGCGAACUGAGAGAAACACAUUCGGCUGGCAACGAGCUGAAGUGUUGGGUGCUUUGGUAAACUCUGUGUUUCUUAUUGCACUCUGCUUUUCAAUUCUCGUCGAGUCGUUGAAACGACUCGUGGAGCCAGAGUCACUAAAGAACCCAGUUUUGGUUCUCAUCGUUGGAGCUGUCGGUUUAGCGGUUAAUGUGAUCGGCCUCAUGUUAUUUCAUGAACAUGGGCAUGGGCACAGCCAUGGUGGUAGCAAUGGUCACAAGGAUAACCAUGGCAAUAAGCAUGUAACUGAAAAUGUAGAAAAUGAAAAUGUACAAAUAGCCAUUCAGUCAGGGCCACGGAGGGAAAAAGAGAGCCACAAGGCUGUCGACCAAGCCAUAGAUGAAGGUAAGUGUUAUGGUGGACCAUGUCACGUUUUUUUUCUUCUUAUGUGAUUUUUGUUUUUGCUAGUAAAUCAUAGUGGCACUAACGACUUCUCUGACAACCGUGACUUUGCAUCAAGGCAAUGAAGAGUUUAAAAAGCCUUUUGCAUUAGAUACCGCGAUUUAAUAAAUUAGAACCAGUGAAUGUUCCAGUUUAUCAAUCGAGACUCUAGGCUCGUUGUUAUGUUUACUAUUUUCUCAAGAACUUGAAAGUUCGUUUUGAUGAACUUUUAGGCUAAAUUGCAGUUAUAAUAUCGUGGUGAUUAUAAAUAAUACUAUCAUAUAACUACGCUAUUUGGUAUAUAUAAUAUUAUAAGUGCAUUUGGCUAAUUGACUUCUUGAGAGAUUCACGAUAGACUAUAAUUAACUAUAAGUCAAGAUGAAAGGCUUGCAAUAAUUGCAGUAAUUAAUUAUAAAUAUUUUACAAAAUAAAUUAAUAGAACAUUAAACAGUACUUGCUGUUUUUGAUAUCCGUGUUUCUUUUUCAGAAAUUGGCUACUUAUUUACUAUUUAAAGGAGAAAGGGUUUAAGGCUGCAAAAUAAGACAAUUACGCUUGUGUUCGACCCUUUUUGACUUUUUUGGAGCAGUGGCGAGUGUACUCGGCUGUCCAGAAUUCAAACUUAGCUAUAAGAUCAGCUGAGUGAGCUUGUUUAAAUAAUAUUUGUUAACUGGGCUGUAAAAUCCCGGCAGUGGAACAGAUUAAUGUUGUUUUAAAAGCUCGGCUUUGGUUAAGAAGCUUAACAUUGUUAUGGGAGUGUUCACCCGACUGCCAAAAAGAAAUAACAGAAGUCAAUUCUGUUGACUGAGGUCAACUAACCUAUAAUCGUGACAGAACAGGUUUCAUUUUACUAAAGUUGCAUCUACAGCGAUCUAAGGCACAAUAAACUGGAAUAGAAUUACAAUCCAAAUUGUAAAUCCAUCAGAGUUUUUUUAUGCGCGAGCUGAACACCCUUUGUCUCAAUCGCCUCACAUUGCGUCAGACUUCGUGUAUAAGUUUAGUUUAGUAUUUUUCAGUCUAGUCAUCGUUGUUUUUUUAGGCAAAGAAAAUAAUGGAAAUGAAACCGAUGAUGUAGAACAACUGGAGUCUGAUCAUUCAGCACUGGAAGAUAAAGAUGAAUCGAGGGAUAAAACUGAUGGCGAUGUAGUUCCUAAUGGUGAGUGUACAGAGGCCCAAAUGAGGAUAAGAACAUAGAAGACGAAAGUUGCAAAUAACGCAGUGCGCUGCCGACUUCAUGACAAUAGUUCAUUUAAUCACUUUACUUUACGUUUUAGGCAAGGAAACAGUUGGAAUUGAGACCAAUGACACUGAACAUAGUUCUGAUCACAGAGAGCCUGAGGAUGAAGAUAAAUCAAGGGAUCAUUGUACCUCGGCCAGUAAUGGUAAGUAUAACUGGACCAAAGCGGGACAAGUGUUGGGGACUGUAGGGUUCUCGCUUGGCUAGUUAACGAAGGAAACGAGACUCUGUUCUUCAACUACUACGGCAUUUAUUCUUCUCAGCGCUAACAAUUCUUCUGCAGCUACAACACCUUUUCUUCUACUAGCCAAGCCCGUCACUAGCGAAUUAAAUAAUCAAAUUGUAGACGUGUUUGUCUGGUUAGCUGACCUGGCCUUGAGAAGUGAGAACUUCCCAUUGCGUAUCAUGUCGCUGAACUAGAAUACUCUACACCAAAGAACCAACUGAACGCUAGCGGUAAAAUUGCUCUGUAGGACCAAGCAUACAAAAGCAGGGACCUUCAGUGCACCUAGAACUCACGAAGGUCAGCUAUAAUCCCCGAACAUGCCUACUUCAAAGAACUACAAUUAAGUUAAACAAAUCGUACCGCAGCGAUACUACUAAAAACUCAGGAACUAUCCGUGUGAGCUGCUGUAACAUUGAAUUUCCUUAGACUAUCAACUGUUUAUGAAGAACAGCACGUACAGUACUAUAAAAUAAUCAUUCGGAUACCCUUAACGUAAGAAAAACCUUAAAAAUACCAAAACUCAAAAACAAAACUAAAAGCAACUACUACUUCAUAACCGACACACGCAAUACACAGCGGAAAAGAGCGGCAACUGACGCAAUACGGUACCGUAAACAUACCAGCAAAAUACCACAAGAUAGUGCGAUCCAAUAUUAUCUACAAUACCAGCUAGGCCGCAUGUCUUGGGUACCCUCAGAAAUGUCUUUUUUAUUAUUUUACCUGUUUGGUUAUUCUAAUUAUUCUCCAUUAGUUAUCGUUUCAGGGUUCUUAUUCUAGCAAGUAUUAUACCUUUUAUUCCAUCCCAAAGUUAACUUAUUUAGGUCAGAAAUUUGAUUUCAAGAAAUGCCAAUUAAUUUCAUCUAAGUCAUAUCUACGGUCACGUCUAAUAACGUUUUGCAUUACGAUAUGAAAAUUUAUAUUCUGAACGGAUUAUGAAGGGUAAUUAGCCAGUAUCCUCAGGCCCGUUUCAAACGUCUACGUCUGAAACCAAGUCGUGCUAGUGUCGUGCUGCAGUCGAGCUACAGUCGUGCUGCAGUCGUGCUAGAGUCGUGCUGCAGUCGAACUACAGUCGAGCCAGCUUAGCACGGAAGUAGCACGACUUUUGAAACAGGCCUUACCUAUGUAAUCCAUAAAACAUUUGGAGUGUCUGAUCUGUAUAGGGCAAGAGUACAUUUGGCUCGCAAUACCCUAAAUCUUUUGCUUUAUGAUCAUCUAUCCCUCAGGUGAAGAUGAAAAUAGCCACUCUGUUUCCAGCAAUUCUGCCAAAAGUGACGUCAAAGUCAAGUCAAGCGCUCAACUGAACAUGAAGGGGGUAUACUUGCAUGUUCUGGGGGAUGCCCUCGGGUCUGUUAUUGUUAUAAUAAGCGCUUUGAUCAUCAAGUACGCCUCUGGUAAAUGGACGGUAUACGUUGAUCCUGGUAUGAGUAUUCUGAUGGUCUGCCUUAUCUUGAAGAGUUCCAUUCCACUCAUGCGAGAGUCAUCGAUGAUCUUGCUUCAAACUGUUCCUACUCAUAUUAAAAUCAAGGAAGUGCAAGAUCGGCUGUUGGGCCAUGUAGAUGGUGUGUUAGGUGUUCAUGAAUUCCAUGUCUGGCAGUUGGCUGGAAAUAAAAUUAUCGGUGAGUUCUGAAUAUGACUGGUGAAUGAUCUGUAAUUGCUAAAAGUCUCUUCAGUUUUCGAUCACACAGAUGACGUCAAAAUGUGGCAAAAAUAAACUAGUGGCAAACGAGGCAAAAGCGAAUGUCUCUCUGAUAUUCUGACUAUAAAGUUUGGCGUCAAGCACAAAACACUAAGCGGGGUCCUCUGCAUGUUUUGUACCGGCGUCAUAACGACAACAAUCUCUUCCCCAGAGUCCGGUCCGCUAGGGUAAGGGUAAGGGUAACGCGGUUUCUGGGAACAAGUUUUACGUCAUAAAUCAUUCUCACUUGUUAAAUAGGCCUCUUCCGAGUUCCAAAAACUCUCAUUUUUAAAGUGGGGCCAAGUGCUCAACCUUUCUUGUGAAAAUGAGUUUUAUUUCCAUGAGAAUAAGAAAGUAUUUCCAUAUCAGAGGCAGAGCACUUAAACUCGUUUUGAAACAGAGGUCCUGGGGAACUCGAAAAUGAUCCUUUGCGUAUGCUCCCACUUUAAUAAUUUCCAUUACGUAAUCCACUUUUUGCCUUAAUUUUAGCUUCAGCCCAUAUCAGAUGCCGAUCUCCAGAUGAAUACAUGGGCAUUGCCAGCAAGAUGAAGGGAUUUUUUCACAACGAGGGUAUCCACUCCACUACUAUCCAACCCGAGUUUGUAACUGAUGGCAAAAAAGGUAAUGAAUGUGCCUUAGAAUGUGGGCAGGACAAGGCAUGCGCAGGAGAGAGAUGCUGUCCUGGGGAGACUGGAACUGAACUAAGGAAACGUUCUCCACUGAAUCACGACGAAGGCACCAUAAAUCAUGGGUUCAAUGUGGUUUAGAUUUAGUUAUUUUCAAAGACUGUAUUCUCUUAAAGCCUCCAACAGAAUCAUUUAGAACACUUUUAUUUUAUCAUUCAGGUAUUGGAUUGUAAUUCUAGUUAGCGGUCAGGUAUUUGGAGGGUUGCCAUCAGCUCUGAUUUUCAGAUGUAGACAAAUCUCUUUUCCUAGAGAUGCAUAUACAGUCGAACGGUCCCGGCGGACGGUCUCGGCGGACACUCCGUACAUUGACUCUUAAUAGGGACCUUAAGAUUCGAGGACGGCGACGGCAGAGAAAGCGUCGCUGAAAAAGUGAAUUCGCGUUCUUUCAAUCUUCAUCGCGAUUACUCCAAGUCACUAACUUUGUCAAAUGUAGGCGAACCCCUCCUAAAGUCGAAUUCCUAAGAACCAUAUCUAAGUUCAGAAGGAGAGAGGAAAUUUCGUCGUCGCUUGUGUACUUCCUCUGUACAUCGAGAAAUUGGGCAUUUUCACGUCGUAGUCGUGCAGUGACGGCAAAGAAAUGUACAAAAAAGCGUGAUGCACGUGCAAAAUUGUUGUUUUGCUAAUUAAACCUAUUGUUUUUGUGGUGUUCCCGUUGCCGUCGCCGUCGUCGGAUCUUAAGCUCCCUAAAUUAAACCUCUCUACAACGGUAACGGCCGCUAUAUCGUGUCCCUAACUGGCAUUCUGCCAAAAUAACCUCUCGACAACGACCAGUUUUUUCAGCGAGUGAUGAAUAAGUCAAGAAUGGCCGUCAUGAAAUUUGAUACGUAGGCGCGUUGAUGACUGAUCGCGGCAAUUGUAUUCGUUGAUUGCGGUUAUACUGCUACAUGCAGUAAGAACAAAUUGUCUACGAUACUUGUUCGCUUUGUCACGUUAACAGUUGUUUCAAAACAUUGUUCAAGUUUUUUGUGUGUAUUUUAUCUCUCUAUAUAUUAUUUAUGAUUGGAUUACACUCUUUUUCUGUAAUAAUAUAUUUUAUAAGAAUAUCGAGGCUAAGAUUUAUGAAAAUUUAUGAAUAUUUUAAGAAUAAACCGAAGGCCGAGAUUUUGAAAAAACGGCAAAACUAGCCAACAACUAAAUCGCAAAAACCUUUCACUAACUAUAAUUGACACUCCCAAACAUUCUUAAACGGAAAUGUCAUAAGCUAUAAUUUAAGAAUAAUACAAAUUAUAUUUUCAGUCUUAAAUCAUGUAGCAGAAAAAUAAGAAUAUUCAGCAUGGGCCGGAAAAACAACAUUCUUAUUGAAGGAGUGUAACAUCAUGGGAUACAGUAAGCAUGAACGUAGCAAAAAAAAAAAUAUUGUAACACC